AUGGGGAGCCCACAGCAGCCCACAGCCCCACAUCAGGGUCACCACGGAAACAGAUCUCUAUCUCCAACACAAAGACCAGCUACUGGAAAGACCAUCGCAGAGGGUGAUCUGCACGGUGAGACAGUGACAGUAACAGUGGAUCAGACAGAAGAUGGUCAUUUGGGCUUCAGUGUUCGUGGAGGAGCCGAGCACGGCCUCAACAUCUUCAUCAGCAAAGUGGAGACCAACAGUGCUGCAGAGCAGGCAGGUCUGCGUGUAGGGGAUAAGCUCCUGGAGGUGAAUGGUAUCAGUCUGGAGAACAUCAGCAUGAGCAGUGCUGUGAAAGUGCUGACAGGCCACCGACGCCUCCGAUUGGUCCUCCAGAGAGUGGGACGGGUCCCUGGGGUCAGAUACACCAAUGAGAAGACCACCUGGGUAGAUCUGAUCCACCGCAGGAUGGUGGUAGAGGAGGGGGGCGUGACUCUGUCAGAAAGUCGCACAGACGGCGCUUUGUGUCGUACAGUUCACCUGCACACGUCUCCCUCCCAGCCGUGUCUCGGCCUCAACAUCCGCGGAGGAACAGAGUACGGCCUCGGCAUCUACGUCUCCAAGCUGGAUCCAGGAGGCCUGGCCAAGCAGGGCGGGAUUAAGAUGGGGGAUCAGAUCCUGUCAGCCAAUGGCGUGAGCUUUGAGGACAUCACUCACAGCAGAGCCGUGGAAGUCCUGAAGAGCCAACAUCACCUCACACUGAGUAUCAAGGAGGCGGGGAGAUACCCAGCCUAUCAGGAGCUUGUGGCAGAGUACCGUUGGCUUGAUAAACGAAGCAGGAGAUCGUUCCAUUCCUUGUCGCGGGGGUCAGACUCGUCCUCCUCUGCCUCCUCUUUGUCCUCUGGAACCCCUCUCAGCUCGGUCGCUGGUCUCUCCCAGGCCACGCUGCCGCUCUCUCUGCCCCUCAGGUCCCAGAUGACGGACAUGUCCAGCGUCACAGAGGGCCAGCUUCUCACAGCUCCCAUCGAAAACGACUUCCACGCGGAGACGAGUCUGAGCCGCGGCCCAACGGAACUCCUGCAGGACUCGGCGAUACGGAACCAUGGAGGAGGAGGAGGAGGAAGAGGAGGAGACGAGAGAAGAGAGGGGAGGAAAACGUCUCUCCUGAUGGCACUAAGCCGACCUGGUCCACCCAUCCGCAGGACCCAGAGUCACAUGACUGUCUCAGAAGAGGAACAGAGGAAGCAGAAAGACAGAAGAGAAGAAGGCAGGAUCUCAUUGCAGCGUUCCAAAACCUUCCUCGGCCUGCUUUGGAAGAGGAGCUCGUCUAGGGAGCGGUCCAAAUCACCAUCCCGAACCGAGCCCGACGACGCUACUACGAGCAGCAAGUUGUCCGAUCAGGAAGUGCUCGCUCAGGUGGAGGAAAUGGCCACGAAGCUGCUGGAGGAGGAAGACGUCGCCGUGCUCUUGGAGAUCUGUAAGCGGUAUGCCGUAGAGAGAGAGUUGAAGUCUCUAGUGCUCCCCCUGCUGACCAUUCUGGAUGGACCAGAGAAACUCCUGUUACUGCGAGAGAUCAGAACGCUCGUCCCGAAAGAGGAUCUUCAGCAGUUUAACAGCAUGGUGAAACCCUUUGAGGAGGAAGCCUACGACAUAUUAAAGAGACGCUCUCGGCAGUCGUCCCCUCUGCGCUGUCCCAAGGCAGGCCACGCCCCCAAGCGCCACCUUAUCACACCUGUACCAGACCAGCAUGGUGGAUUCGAGCUCCACGCAACCGAGGACGUCGACAGACAGAACCGACUGCUGGAACAAUUAAAGUGUCUUCGCACAUCUCAGACGCAAAGCGAUCUGAAACCAGCCGAGGAUCCCAGCCGAGUCUCCUUCACUCCUCUCCUGGACAUUCCUGUAGACUCAUUUUCUCACCCAGAAUCCCUCAAACCAACCAGAUCAUCUCCCACAAUGCCCAACUGGCUCCUGACGCAAAAUUCACCCUCUCCUCCCAACACAGACGACAUCUCACAUCUCGAACCGCAUUCGGAAAACGCCACCUCGAGAAGGGGGAGGUCUCCUUUCCGAAACGGACGGUCGGAAAGCAAAGCGAGUAAAAAAGACAAGGCAGCACGGGACGACUUCUUCACCGUAGUGGACACUCCUCGUCACAGGAGACCACCACUGUCUCAGGUCUUCGGUCCACUCAGGAGAUCACCGAGCUCUGCAGCGCCCUCUGUUGGACACAACACGGAAAACCAGGCGCAAGAACAUCCUAACGAUCCGGAGUAUGAACUCAAAACCGUCUGCAUCAGCAAAACCAAGCACUCACUCGGGAUCAGUAUCUCGGGUGGAGUGGACUCCAGGGUGCAGCCUGUGGUCAAAAUCGAGAAGAUAUUUCCAGGAGGAGCUGCGUCUACUAACAACAUGCUGAAGGCCGGCUUUGAGCUGGUGUCAGUAGACGGCGUAUCUCUGCAGGGUAUCACCCAUCAGAACGCGGUGGAAAUCAUCCGCCAGUCCUUCAGUAACAAACAUUCCGACCCCAUGGAGCUGGUGGUGAAGAUCCCGACACACUCCUGA